AAAGAGAGGCAAGGGAUGAGUUGACGGUUUCUCUUACCUUAUCUGAAACUCCCAAUCAUCGAAAGCUCCAUCACAAAAUUAAAAUUAAAAACGGAAAUAAAAUAUACACGCGUUACAUACCUUCGGUUACGUUCUUCAUCAUUUGUAUGAUUUGAUCAAUUCACAGAUCCGAAUUUUCCUCAUAUUUCCGCCAAAAAUUCUGAAUAAUUUUAGCAGAGAGGUUUUAUGCUCCUUACCAAUUCUGAAAGCAAUUGGAAUAAUCAUUAAGAUCGUUAUUAUUAAACAGGAGAGAAAUUUUAGAGAUCAUGAGCAGAGAUGCAAAGCUUGACGAUGAUCAAAUAGCGGAGCUUCGUGAGAUAUUCCGAUCAUUUGAUCGGAACAACGACGGAAGCUUAACGCAGCUUGAACUCGGAUCAUUACUCCGAUCCUUAGGUUUAAAACCUAGUAAUGAUCAAUUAGAGGAUUUAAUCCAAAAGGCGGAUAGAAAUAGCAAUGGUUUGAUUGAGUUUUCGGAGUUUGUGGCUUUGGUUGCACCGGAACUUAUACCAGCGAAAUGUCCGUAUUCGGAGGAACAAUUGAAGAAGAUAUUUCAGAUGUUUGAUAGAGAUGGAAAUGGUUUGAUUACGGCUGCGGAGUUGGCUCAUUCAAUGGCGAAGUUAGGGCAUGCGCUUACACAAGAGGAGUUGACUGGGAUGAUAAAGGAAGCUGAUAGGGAUGGUGAUGGUUGUAUUAGUUUUGAGGAGUUUGCUCAGGCUAUGACUUCUGCUGCGUUUGAUAAUUCAUGGACAUGAAAACAUGUGAAAGAAAAAGAGACUGGACUAGGACAAGAACUCAUUUCAAUCAACAAAGCUGUCUGGUGGGAAUAGAUGGGAAUGUUCCAAUAUGAGUUCAUAGUUCAAUUUUUUUUUUUUCAAAUUUUGCCCCACUUUAUUUUGUUUUUGUUUAUUGUUUUUUCUUUUGGUAGGUAAGCUUUUGUAGCAAAACUCAUCAUUACAGAAAUGAAAUGCAUUUGGAAGGAUGAAA